AUGGCUUUCUAUGACUACAAUGGUGAUGCUGGUGAGUGCCACUUGACUCCUUAUUUCAGUGCCCUUUAUGAUUAUAAUGCUUUUCCAAUUCAGUCUUCAAUAUCAUAUUCUUACUAUGGAUAUAGCAAUUCAGAGCAAAUUGAACAGAGUACUAAUUACAAUUACUACUACACUACUCAAAUGCAUCCACAAUUAAGUUACUCUGUUCACAAUUCUACUGAGCCAAAACUUAUCCACUAUGAAAAGGCUGCUAAUUCUUUGGAGACGCGAUACAUAAUCUCUGAUUCAACUAAAGAACAUGAUGACACUCUGUUUGAAGAAUAUGAUCCAACCCCUUAUGGUGGUGGCUAUGACAUGGCUCAAACCUAUGGCAAAUCCCUUAGCCCCUCCAAUAAAAUCUGUUAUCCUCGAUCGGUUCCUAAAUCUAAUGGACUUAAAGGAUUCGAGUCUUUCGACUAUGGAUCAAUUCCUUCACCCUAUGUAAGCCACAAUAAUCAGCCAGAAGAACCUCAGGAUCAAAGCAAAGAGAUGGAUGUCAAAGAUGAGCGAAUGCCUUUAUCUGGUGUCAAAGAAAAACCCAUUCUUGAGGAUGACAUUCUUGAAAAACCAAUAGUACCUCUUCAACAAGAUAAAGAUUUUGUUGCUGGAAAUGGAACUAUAGGGGAAUAUGGAUAUGAUUAUGGGAGGCAAUUGCAGCAAAUUCCUUAUGGUUCAGGCUUGGAAUCUAUGGAUUUAUGUGAAAGCCUAUUUGGUUACUGGCCCUGCUUAGCCAAACAAAACCAAAGAAGAAACUUGAACUAUAUAAACAGUUCUGAAGAUAGCAGCAAUGAACAAUGGCAAAGUACUGCAGAUUAUCUUUUUGGGAAUCCCUUUGGAUAUGGUGGUAAUGAAAGAUAUGGGAAUUCAGCUUAUAGCAAUCAAAAUUACUACAAUCAGCAACAACCUUAUUUUAUGAGUGAUUGUUAA